AUGACAGUGACAUACACGUACAGGGUUGCCGAUGCACGCCUGGGCACUUUCUCACAGCUCUUGCUCCGAUGGAAAGGCAGCAUCUACAAACUUCUCUACUGCGAGUUCUUAAUCUUCAUCUCUUUCUACUUUGGCAUCAGCCUCAUCUAUAGGUUGAUUCUGAACGAGAGCCAACGGCUGAUGUUUGAGAAACUCGCCCUGUACUGCAACAGCUAUGCCGAACUGAUCCCUGUGUCCUUCGUGCUGGGCUUCUAUGUUACCUUAGUGGUGUCUCGCUGGUGGGGACAAUAUGAGAGCAUCCCGUGGCCUGACCGCGUCAUGAACCUGGUCUCAAGUAGCGUGGAUGGGAAGGAUGAGUAUGGGCGCCUCCUGCGGCGCACCCUGAUGCGCUACAUCAAUCUGCUGGGUGUGCUGAUCUUGCGCUCUGUCAGCACUGCCGUCUACAAGCGGUUUCCCAGCAUAGAACAUAUUGUGACAGCAGGCCUGAUGACACCAGAGGAACACAAGAAGUUUGACAGUGUCAACUCGCCCCAUAACAAGUUCUGGAUACCCUGUGUGUGGUUCUCAAACCUGGCCAUGAAGGCACGUAAUGACGGGAGGAUCCGGGACAGUGUGCUGCUUCAAGGCAUCCUGAAUGAAAUGAACACCUUGCGAAGCCAGUGUGGCCGGCUCUAUGGAUAUGAUUGGAUCAGCAUUCCGUUGGUCUAUACUCAGGUGGUCACAGUCGCUGUUUACAGCUUCUUCUUGGCUUGUUUAAUUGGCCGGCAGUUCCUGGACCCAGCAAAGAAGUAUCCUGGUCAUGAAAUGGACUUAUUUGUGCCCGUCUUCACCUUCCUGCAGUUUUUCUUUUACGCUGGAUGGCUAAAGGUAGCUGAACAACUCAUCAAUCCAUUUGGGGAAGAUGAUGAUGACUUUGAAACCAACUGGCUCAUUGACAGGAACCUGCAGGUCUCCCUUAUGGCUGUGGAUGAAAUGCACAAAGAUCUGCCCGUUCUGCAGAGGGAUCCAUAUUGGAACGAAUCCGACCCCCAGCCACCUUAUACAGCAGCAACAGCAGACUAUAAGCGAACAUCUUUUCUUGGCUCAACCUUUGACAUCAGCAUGCAGAAAGAGGAGAUGGAAUUCCAGCCCCUGGAACAGAUUAAGGAGAACGAAGAAGCAAACCACUCCACGCCCUUGUUGGGGCACAUUGGCCGCUUUCUAAACGUCCAGUCCCCCAGUUUUUCCAGGUCAUCCAGAAUGAACCUGAUGCGUCGGAGGAAUGAAAAUCUGCCUCCUUCCCCUUGCUAUGCCUAUCCAGAUGGGGGGAAACCUGGGAGCCCCACAGGUAUUAACCAGCAAAGGGGCGAUUACUCCCCACCAGGCUGUAACUCCCAGGAUCAAUGGGACAACACAGCCAGAAAACUGAGAGAGCUCGACGCCUUCAUGUCAACUCCUUUCUACGAGAGGCCCGGCUUCUACAGCGCUCCCCAGACUCCCAUCAGCUCCAUCCCCAUGAUCUUCCCGUCCAGACGGCAAGGGCGCAAGAAGCCUCCGGCUCUGUCCAGCAUUGCAGCCUGCUCUGCGUCUCUGAGGGACAACUCUGCCAGCCAGUCCCCUUGCAGAGGCAGCGACGUGGACAAAAGCGAAAACUCUUUGGGCUCAGGAGGCAGAGAAACGUUUGUGUGGCCGGCUGAGAAAACUCAUGCUUCAGACUCCUUGGCUGUGACCAUCGAAGGGGAGGCAAACCCUACAAGCAACAGAUCAAAGGAGGCAUCUCCUCUGGGAACCCCAGGGGGGGCUCUGUCCUCGGGGGAUUCAGUAAGCCCAACGGUUCCUUUACUGGCUGAGUCCCCAGAUUCUCAGAGGCAGGCAAAUGUCAACAGUGCAAACACUCCGAGAGGCCACCGACAUUCCCGUUGGACUCCAGGCAAUGCAGCAAGUCCAAACCCAGACCGCACUAGUUUCCUUCAUAGCUAUGGGAUCAGGACCCCUAGCAGCAAUGGCCCAACCAACUUCUUUUCAUUCACCCCAUUGACAUCUCCAGUGCUUGAGAGAGCGCAUCUCAACAAAACAAAUGCUGGUGUUGGCCCAGGCCCAGAGACGUCACCUGGAACCUUAGAGCAGGAUUCUCCAGCAGUGGCUGGGGCUAUGAGAGAGACGGGAAACGCAGGCACAGUUCCCUAUCACACCAAGGAACAGAGAAAGGCCACCAAUGCCUCGCCCAAUGACUCUGGCAUCUCUCUAGCAGAAGGAGACUUUGUGGGGCUAAUGGAAGUGAUCAUGGAAACCAGCGAGAACACCACUGAUGAAGGGAAGGGAGACAGGGACAGCUAAAAGAAACAGGUUC